GCGGGUUUGGGGCGGAGAACGUUGUGGCAAGCUCUGGAAGAUUCCUCCGCCCGCCGUAUAAAUAGGGAGGGGGAAGCGGCUGCCGCCGAGCUAUAGCCUGCGCGGCCGAGCGAGGAGAGAGCUAAUUGAGCCAGUGACUGUGAGAGCGAGGGCACUCGGCGACUGGCGAUGGGGAAGGACUAUUACCGGAUCUUGGGCCUGACCCGCGGGGCGACUGAGGACGACAUUAAGAAGGCGUAUCGCAAGCAGGCGCUGCGCUACCACCCGGACAAGAACAAGGACCCGGGCGCCGAGGAGCGCUUCAAAGAGAUCGCCGAGGCGUACGACGUGCUGAGCGACCCCAAGAAGCGCGAGAUCUUCGACAAGUUCGGCGAGGAGGGACUAAAGGGAGGUGGUCCCAGCAGCAGUGGAGGAGGAGGAGGUCCCAAUGGCACUUCAUUCACAUACACCUUUCAUGGAGAUCCUCAUGCCAUGUUUGCAGAAUUCUUUGGUGGGAGGAAUCCUUUUGAUACCUUUUUUGUCCAGAGGAAUGGCGAUGAAGACAUGGAUGUUGAUGACCCCUUCACAAGCUUUCAGAACUUUGGUAACAUUGGCUUUUCCCGUUCUCGUGGGGGCGCUGAACAUAUACGCAAGAAACAAGACCCACCCAUCACUCAUGAGUUGAGAGUAUCUUUGGAGGAGAUUUACUCUGGAUGCACCAAGAAAAUGAAAAUUUCUCAUAAACGUCUCAGUCCAGAUGGGAAAAGCACACGCAAUGAAGAUAAGAUUCUAACGAUUGAAGUCAAACGUGGCUGGAAAGAAGGAACAAAGAUUACAUUCCCCAAAGAAGGAGACCAGACACCAAACAACAUUCCAGCUGAUAUUGUAUUUGUUUUAAAAGACAAACCACAUAACAUUUUUAGAAGAGAUGGGUCUGAUAUUGUAUAUCCAGCCAAAAUCAGCCUCCGUGAGGCUCUAUGUGGCUGCACUGUGAACACACCAACACUAGAUGGUAGGAACAUACCAAUGGUAUUCAAGGACAUCAUUAAACCUGGAAUGAAGCGAAGAAUUCCUGGAGAAGGUCUUCCAUUCCCCAAGAAUCCAAGCCAACGAGGGGAUCUUAUUAUUGAGUUUGAUAUAAGAUUCCCAGACAGAAUUCCACAGUCUUCAAAAAGUGUCCUAGAACAAAUCUUGCCAAUAUAGUAAGAUAGGCAGAACGGGACUGCUGUGCCUCCAAAGCAGAGGAAUUGGAACUGGAAUCAGGAUUUCAGAGUCGCUUUUGGCAGUGGGUAGGGAAGUUAACUUCAUGUUGCUAAAAGAUUUCUGGGAAAUCCAUUCUUGCAAGAUGAACAUUGCACUUCUCAGUGACUUUUGGCCCAGGUUGUCAUUGCUCAAAACAUUUACAGCAAUGCUCAGUUACCCAAGAGAAGGAAUUGGCAGAACAUCUUUUAAUUGAACGUGGAAGACGACAACCAAUCAUAAUUCAUGCCUUCACUUAGUUGGCUAACCCUACUUGGGCAUGUCACAUAGGUCCUCCCAUAGGAAGGAGGAGAUUACAAUCUAAACUGGACUUCAGAAGUAAACACCUCCAAUCUCUUGUU